AAAAUUCCAAAAGGGAGAAGGGAAGGAAGAAGAAAAAUAUAUUGAUGUGGUCAUCAAUAAAAAUAUGAAGUUGGGACAAAAAGUUUUGAUUCCAGUAAAACAGUUUCCUAAGUUCAACUUUGUGGGAAAACUUUUGGGUCCACGUGGCAAUUCUCUAAAGCGCUUACAGGAAGAAACACUGACCAAAAUGUCUAUUUUGGGAAAAGGUUCUAUGAGGGACAAGACAAAGGAAGAAGAAUUGAGAAAAAGUGGUGAGGCAAAAUACUUCCACCUAAAUGAUGACCUCCAUGUUUUAAUUGAAGUCUUUGCUCCACCAGCAGAAGCAUAUGCCAGAAUGGGACAUGCGUUGGAAGAAAUCAAGAAGUUCCUCAUCCCUGACUACAAUGAUGAAAUCAGACAGGCACAGCUUCAAGAAUUAACAUAUUUGAAUGGUGGUUCAGAAAAUGCAGAAGUUCCAGUUGUUCGAGGAAAGCCAUCUAUUCGGGCAAGAGGAGUGCCAGUUCCUGCUUUGUCCAGGCUGUGUCUGGGAAGCUCACUGCUCACCCCUGCCCCCACUACAAUGAAGUCAAAUAAGCAGCUGGUACCCUGUGCUGAGGAGGCAUUCUACAGAUUAGCCAAAACCAAGGGACGUGGGGGAGUCCCGCCGCCACCAGCAGGAGUACCCAGAGGGGCACCGGCGCCGCGGGGGGUGCCACCCAGCAGAGGGGCCGUCAGUCGGAGCCGAGGGCUUCUGGCCACCCGCACAAGAGGAGUCCCUCCCCCCGCGGGGUACCGGCCCCUGCCACCGCCGCCCGCGCAGGAGACCUACGGCGAAUAC